UGCGGGGUACGGGAUUGGUUGGUGGUGUGCUGCGAAGAUGGCAGCUGCAGCCGCAGCGGUUCGGGGCAUCGGGGGCAGCCUGGGCCGGAGCCUCAAGGAGAUUCGGAUCCACCUGUGCCAGCGCUCGCCAGGCAGCCAGGGCACCAGAGACUUCAUUGAACAGCAUUAUGUGACUCUGAAGAAAGCAAAUCCAGAUUUCCCCAUCCUAAUCCGGGAAUGCUCAGAGGUGAAGCCUAAACUCUGGGCUCGAUAUGAGUUUGGCAGGGAAAAGUGCGUGCCCCUGAACAACCUGAAUGUGGACCAAGUUGCCCAGGCCCUGGAGAACAUUGUUAAAAGCAAGGCAUGAAUACAAAGAAUUAAGCCUGCAUGUGCUGGAGCCUUUGCUCAAACGGGCUAACAAAGAACAUGUUCUAUCUGUCAUUGUAACUUAUUCACUGCAUAUAAAGCAUAUUGUAAGAUGCAUGCUUUUAAUAGAGAUGCUGUGCUGGAAGGUA